UGACGACUGGGAAGGGUUUAGUAUCACACAGGAAGCACCAAGAACCAGUCUUGGUCUUCUCCCUCUCCACCUACAUCAGAGCCAAGCCCUGUUGACUCCCGUACAUCUUGAUAGAUUAGAUCCUGAGGAAACAAUUUGAAGAUUUCUGUAAGACCCUUGCCUUUUCCUCCUGCCACAAGUGUUUCUCCUUCAGCUAUCCUGGUCAAGGAUCCAGGUCUCAAGAUUGCGACAGUUGACAGUGUGACCACCUAGUCUGCUUUAGUAAGAUUAUAGCUUGAUAUGAAGCCUUUUUUCAUCUUUACCCUCUUGAGUCUAGCAGUGGCUGAUACUCCAGAAGCCAUUAUGAAAGAAUAUCAACAUGCAGAUGAAUACUUACCAGAGAAUUUUAAUGUCCCUUAUAUGGUCUAUCUGCAAUCCCGCCCGGAGCCUUGUGUUGGGACUCUCAUUGACCCUCAGUGGGUGCUCACAGCUGCUCAUUGUCCCUUACCAACUAAAAUCCGACUGGGAGUUUACCGACCCAACAUCAAAAAUGAGAAAGAACAGAUAUAUAGCUACUCAUUGACUGUAGUACAUCCUAAUUUUGAUGCAAAAUUACUGAAAAAUGACUUGAUGCUGAUAAAACUCUCAUAUCCUGCUACUAUAAACCUGUAUGUGGGGACUAUAGCCAUAGCUAUGGAACCAAUGGCAUUUAAUGAAACCUGCUUCAUACCAACAUGGACCUGGAAUAACUACAAAAACUUUAGUGAUCCUGAUGUCUUGACAUGGACAAAUGAGUAUUCUCUUUCCCCAAGUGACUGCUGGAACAUUCUCCAUCAACAGAGACAAGAAACAAGAAUAAACAUUAUGUGCAUAGGACAUUCACUGAAUGCAUCUGCAACUAAGGAAGUGUCAGCUGCUCCAGCCAUCUGCAAUGGGAGGGUGCAUGGAAUACUGGCCUGGGGGAAGGCAGGCGUAACCAAGGGAAGUGAAGGCUUCUUCACUGAAAUUCAUCCCUAUGCAAGAUGGAUCUUAAAAAUGAUGCAGUCACACUGAGAAGUCGUACCACUCAGUAUAAAAUAAUGCAAUCUCUACAAUGGAGCAACAACUCAUCAUAUGUCUUCUUGAAAAGAAUCCAAGGGAAAACACGCAAUAAAGGAUCACCAGAAA